AUGCUUGGCCCCGGGCCGCCGCCGGGAGAGCGCCGGCCCGGGUCGUCCCCGCCCACCACCGCCGGUGCGCCCGAGCUGGCCGCGGAACCCGGAAGACGUCCCCGCCGGCCAGGAUGCCGCGGGGAGCGGGGCGGGCGUCCGUCCGUCCGUCCGUCCCUCCGGAGGUGCGGCCCCGCUCGCCCCGCGCUCCCCUCCCUCCCUCCCGGCCGCCGGGGCUCUUCUCUUGAAUCACUUCCGAAAGUGAGUAGUUCCCCUCUCGCGAACGUUCUUCAUUCCUCCCCCGCCCGGUGCCCUGAGGCUCCCCGCGCGCCCCCAGCCCCGGGAACCCCGGACGACCCGGGACACCUGACCUCUGAGGACCCCGGUUCCGGGCCCCGAGUUCAAACCCCACGACCGGAAAAGAAAACCUUUACUCUUCAGUGCAUCAGAAUCUUCACUGACAAAGCGUUGCGGGGCGUAGCCGUUGAAAGGCGAGGAAGACCGGCCGCGAACCGCUGGCAGAUGUCCACCUGCGCCUGCCUGUUUAUCCCUGACCCCCUGUGCCCCCCGACGGUAUGAACUGAGGUACGAGCUUCGCAGCACCGUGUCGAUCCCGGGCUUGGAAACCGCACUUGAAGGAAUGUUCGCCAACCUCAAGUGGGGGAAAAGUGACUUGGAAAAACGUAGAAGGGCCCGGGGCCCAUGGCUCACCUACCUGCAAUCCUGACUACUCUGGCAGGUGGAUACCUGAACAGUCACUGCUCAAACCCAGCCCCGGCAGGCAGGCAGGCCCGGGAGUCUGUUGUCUCCAAAUAGUCCUCAAAAAAUAAAAUAAAAUAAAUCGAGAAGU